UAUGAAGCCAUGAACAACGCAGGAUAUUUGGACACCGAUAUGAUUCUGAUUUUAAAUGAGAACAAGCAAGUCUCUCUCCCCACCGCAACUCUCGAUGGCCCUGCGCCGCCUGUUGGGGCUUUGAGCAGCGCCCUCAGCAGGUUGCAGUCGAGCAAGCCACUGAGAGAGCUGAGGGAGUUGGCUAAGGGAAUGACAAAGCAAAUCGGUGGGUCCGUGCACGACAUAGCGGCUAAAGUCGAUGAAUACGCCCGAGGAAUGAUCAGUGGAUCCGGCUCGACUUUGUUCGAAGAGCUUGGCCUCUACUACAUCGGCCCAGUGGACGGGCACAACAUAGAUGACCUCGUCACCAUUCUCAAAGAGAUCAAGAGCACAAAGACAACGGGUCCAGUUCUCAUUCAUGUCAUCACGGAGAAAGGAAGAGGAUACCCUUAUGCGGAGAGAGCUGCGGACAAGUAUCACGGUGUCACCAAAUUCGAUCCGGCUACUGGGAAACAGUUCAAAUCAAGCUGUUCGACAAAAUCUUACACCGACUACUUCGCCGAGGCGCUGGUGGCGGAGGCGGAGGCGGAGGUGGACAAGGACAUCGUGGCGAUCCAUGCAGCCAUGGGAGGUGGAACCGGGCUCAACCGCUUCCUUCGGGAGUUCCCGGACAGGUGCUUCGACGUGGGAAUAGCAGAGCAGCACGCGGUCACGUUUGCGGCCGGGUUGGCUUGCGAGGGCCUUAAGCCUUUCUGCGCCAUCUACUCUUCCUUCUUGCAGAGAGCUUACGAUCAGGUGGUGCACGACGUCGACUUGCAGAAGCUUCCGGUGAGGUUCGCGUUGGAUCGCGCCGGCCUCGUGGGGGCCGACGGACCGACGCACUCGGGGGCGUUCGACGUGGCCUACAUGGCCUGCCUGCCGAACAUGGUGGUAAUGGCGCCGUCCGACGAAGCAGAGCUGUUCCACAUGGUGGCCACAGCGGCUGCCAUUGACGACAGACCGUCGUGCUUCCGGUACCCGAGAGGAAACGGCGUUGCUGUUCCUCUUCCUCAGGGAAACAAGGGUGUUCCUCUGGAGAUUGGGAAAGGGAGGAUACUAAUUGAAGGGGAAAGGGUGGCGCUGCUGGGGUACGGGACGGCGGUGCGGAGUUGCUUGGCGGCGGCUUCCAUGGUGGAGCUCCACGGCCUCAAGAUCACGGUGGCCGACGCACGGUUCUGCAAACCACUUGACCGAAGCUUGAUUCGGAGCUUGGCGAAGUCGCACGAGGUUCUCAUCACCGUGGAAGAAGCAUCAAUUGGCGGCUUUAGCUCUCACGUAGCUCAGUUCAUGGCUCUGGAUGGCCUCUUCGAUGGCAAACUCAAGUGGAGGCCUUUGGCUCUUCCUGAUAGAUACAUCGACCAUGGAUCGGCAAGUGAUCAGUUAUCAGAGGCUGGACUGACACCGUCGCAUAUCGCAGCGAGCGUGUUCAACGUCAUUGGACAGACAAGAGACGCACUUAAAAUUAUGAUGCCGUUGGAAAAAUAGGAAGAGACAUUAAACGUACGGUUUAAUUUCUUCUUGUCUUUCUUCAAUACGGUGGAUUAAUUGCUUAUUCUCUGGUAGCUGAUAACGAAUAGGAAAUGGUAUGAAAAGGACAAAU